GGUGCGGUCUCUGCACCACGGCGGAAUUAGACGCCUGUCAUAGGCACUGCAUAUAGUUAGUGUAUAGAUUUCUCUGAAUAACUGUCUAAUGAGACAGACUAAUAAAUAUUAGACGCCAUAGAAGACAAUCUAAGAAUACAAGCAUUUGCUCUGCCGGAAACUGUUAUUCUUCAUUUUAUAAGAAAGUUUGUCAAGAAGGUUUAAAAAUGCACUUCCUUGUUAAAAGGACAAUGGAGGAAGCGUUCCUGGACUCGUAGAAAUAAAAGCUUAUGAAACAAAAUAAAAAUGCAACAAGGCUGUUGUGAUAUAUACGGUAUGAGUGUUGAGAAGUCUAUGGGUAUGAGAAUAAGCUCAGAUAUUAUGGAGCCCAUUGAGCUUAUCCAUCAUGUCGGCUCAAACGAACGAGCCUCUCCUCCACUGGAAAGCCAGACUUGUUCCGGUGACGAAGAUGGCAACAGUAGCGAAAAUCAAAACAGAAGCCCUCCAACUAGUUGCGAGAACAGUACGAUGGAAGAGCCUAAAACAAAGAAACGACGUAAACAAAGUAACCCUUUGAGAUACCAGACUACGCCGGUGAUGCCUUUGUUAGAGAAUGAAGACUGCAAUCCUAUUGUGGACGAGCAAAGUAAUGAAGUACUUGAUUUGCAAACCAAACCUGAAAUUAAGCCAGAUGAAAAUCAAGUAUGCGCACUUAGGUGCCACCACUGUAGUAGUAUGUUCGAAACAGAAGAUCUGCUUAGGGUUCACGUUGAAGAAGAACAUGUGCAGAAAGUAUUGGAAAGGCAGCUCCAGCAGCAAUCAUACAACAAAACUACCUCAGUUAAUAACAAGGAAGGGAGCAACGAGCCAGCCAAAGAAAACUCAUCCAAAGCUAGUGAUAUUGCAAUGCAGCAAAUUGUUCCUCUUGACCAAACAAGAAACAGUCCUGCAGACGGUUUAAUGCAAGAAAGCAGGGAAUACAAAAAUCCACAUUUUCCAUUUCCACCAAUGCCACCUUUCAUUCCAUUUACUAGGAGUGAUGAAUCAAAACCUGGAAAUCUCCAGGUUCCACUUUCCAUGUUCCCUAAUCCGAUGACACCAUUCCUUUUUCCAGUCAUUCCUCAGGGCCAAACGCCACCAGUUUCCAAUGGCAAUUCACAUUCCGGUCAAGGCGUACGAAUUUUUAAUUUGGAAGCAUACUGUGAACUCUGUAAUAAAGAGUUUUGCAACAAGUAUUUUUUAAAAACGCAUAAAGCUAAUAAACACGGUAUUUACUCAGUUGAAUCAAUUGUCAGCUCUCCAUAUGGUGGUCCGUUUUUAUCUCCUAGCUUAAACAGUCCUAUUCCUUUACCUCAUUUGCUACAGACAUCAACUUCUGAACCUCUUCCAUCUCGUACAGGACUCUUCAAUAUGGAAUCAUAUUGUGAAAUAUGUCAAAAAGAAUUUUGCAAUAAAUACUUUCUAAAAAAACAUCGUCAAAAAAUCCAUGGGAUUAUGGAACCUGGUCAAAACAUGUCCCCUAGUACUACCCCUUCUCAAGAUACCAAAAGCAAUUCUCCAGUAAUGACUACCAGUGCUCUUUCUUUAACGUCUGCACCUAGUUUCAAUGAUAAAAGUCAAGAUGAAAUUCGGGAUACUUCACUUUCUAAGAUGGAAUUUCCUUCUAUCUUUAGUCUACAAAAUCACAAACCGAGUACUCCUGCUGCGCCUUCGGCUGCAGUUGUUCCAAAUUCAUCUUCCAGCAUAUGUCCUCCAGUUACUUCUGGUGCCAUGUCUGUGAGCCUUCAGUCUCCUGGACUUCAAGGAUCCUCAAAUGAAAAUUCUGUAUCGCAUGUAUUUACCCCUGAGAAGCUAAGAGAAAUGGGAGUAAUCAAUGCUGAUGCAUUUUGUGAGUUAUGUUGCAAAGAGUUUUGCAAUAAGUAUUUUCUUCGAACCCACAAAUUGAAUAAGCAUGGGAUAAACAUGCCGGAAAUUUCUCCUGGUAAAUCGCAAUUGGGGCCACUGCCACCGUCUAGUCACAAUCAAGGCAGUCAAUCAAAUGAAAAGGGUGAAAUUAAUUUUGAAGAAAAUCGCAUACCGGAAGAAUUGCUUCAAGAGCCUCAGGCAGGUCUAACAUUUGAAGGUAUAAGUGGUGAACUUUCUUGUGAUUUCUGUAAUAGGCCAUUUUCUAGUCUUUAUUUGUUGAAAAUGCAUAAGUUUUAUACUCAUAACAUUCCUUAUAUCAAAGAAGAGAGCAAAUCUAAACCUAAUUCUCCAAUCGCCGAAAAUCACAAUCAAGAAAACAAAGAAAAUGAAUUCAUUAAACCACAUUUGCCUCUUCCACUUCCUCCAACUUCAAUGAUUUCAGAUAGCAUACCUACAUCUUUGCAAGAGGAUGCAGCUAGUCAAGAUUUGCAAAAGCUUCAAAGCAUGAUCAGAGAACUCAAUGCCUCAGCAGGUUCUGAGAGUAGCAAAAUCAUAUGUAAUUUAUGUAGACUAGAGUUCGAUAAUAAGUACUUUUUGCGUGCGCACAUGAUGAAUGAACACGGUGUGCUUCCUAAUGAAGAUGGCCAUGUAACUGGCCAUAGUAAUUCAGAUUUUAGUCUUCAAUCUAAAUUGUCAGAAUGUGCAUCCGAUUAUCAAAGACUGAAUUACACUAAUGCGUCACCUUCCGUAGAUUCUGAAGCAUAUUGUGAGAUCUGUCAAAAGGAAUUUUGCAGCAAAUACUUCCUUAAAACGCAUAAGCAGAAUAUUCAUGGACUUCCAGUAGACAUGAGUUCGACUCCAAAAAAAUCUCUGGCGGAUGAGGUGUGUCAAAUAAAGACUAUAGUUAAUAACACCUUAUCGACAGCUCUGGUCCCUGUGUCAACAAAUGGCAGCGUGACGCCUAACACCAGUGCUAUGACCCCUUCUCUAAGCACCGCAAGUCAACCCUCAGUUUUAUCUUCACUUUCUGCUGUUACUUCUCAUAUUCCUGUUAUAACAUCAACCAGUCCCAUUAUUACCAUGCAGAGCCAAGUAUCUAGUCCUUCCACACCUCUUGCUACAUCUCAGCCUUCUUUAGCUGUGGUGCCUAAUUCAUCAGGAAACACUGUGCUUACCUCCAGUGCACCACAUUGUCAUAGUCUCACGCCUAAUACAAACUCUAUCCAAGCAUCUAACAUUGGUCAUUUGCCAAGCAAUUUGUCAGUACCUAAAAUAUCAUCGAUGUCUGUGGUAAAUCAAAACUUAAGUAUCUCUGCAUCAUCCACGAGUACGCCUACCUCAAAUUUAACAAAUAUCGCGCAGAUGGCAGCCCACACAGCUCACAUUCCCAGCUUGCACCAUUCUUCUUCUAAUGCUUUGGUUCCAAUAGAUAAACCACGCAAUCUGACAGGUCGUAACUACUGCAACAUUUGCAAUAAAGAACUAUGUAACAAAUACUUUAUGAAGACACACAUGCUUAAAAUGCACGGCAUUAAUUUGGAUAGUCAGCCCCAUGAAGCAGCUCGAAUAAGUACCAUAGGAGGAGUGCAGUGCGAUAUUUGCCAAAAAGAACUGUGCAGCAAAUACUUCCUUAAAGUUCACAAACAAAAUACCCAUGGCAUAUUUGAAGAAGGAUCACAAGGAAAAGACUUAAGAGAUCAUCCUACAUUUUUGGACAAGGAACAACCACUGCAAGGCUUAGAUUUAAGCGAUCCCAGUGGAAGAUACUUCAGUCAUUAUCCAGAAAUUUGUCCCGUCUGUAAUUGCCGUUUCAAAAGCAUUAAGUGGCUGAAGGCUCACAUGAUAAGUGACCAUGGCAACAUACUUAAAGAGAACUUUUCCCAUAAUGCUCUUCCUUCAACGCCUGAUAAUAGUAAUACCCCCAUAGAUAGCAGCUGCUUAUGCGUUUUGUGCGGGCAGGGAUUCCCGGACAAAGUCGCACUUCACGUUCACCUGAUCAAGGACCACCAUUCUCCGUCUGAUGAGCUAGGAGUCGUCCAAAAUAACUCAGGGAUAAAAACGUCAACGGCCGACUCCUCCUCGGGGAUGAUGGUCCCGGAACAGGCGAGGGUCAAUGGUACUUCUUCACCAGGCAGUGCAGCACCACCGAACGGCAAUCAUCCGAGACCUCACCCGAAGCCUCAUGGCGGUGGUGGCAGUCGAAUUUACCACUGUUCCUUUUGCGUUUACUCCACAAGGUGGCUAUCCAAUCUCUACGCACACGAGAAAAGGCACACUGGAGUGAACACUGAAGGAGAGAAGAAAUUCGUCUGUCGGGUCUGCCAUAGGGCGUAUCGAUACAACCAUUCGCUGCAACGUCACUUCUUAAGUCACCGAGCCGCUGGACUUAAUGUGAAGGAUAUGGCCCAGCCUCUAAUUAUGACCUCACAUUCACCUCACCAUCUUUCUCCAUCCUUGAACAGGCCCUGGAAUUCUCAUUUUCACAAGAAAGGAAAUGAUUUAAGCCUUCAUAACAAAGGUGUCGGGGGCAACCUCGGACAGUCAAAUAGCAAAAUUAAGCGCUACCGAUGUAGCAAAUGUAGCAAAAAAUUCCGUAGCAGAGAGCUGUGCCUAGCCCACAUCCAUGCUGCCCAUAGUGGAGGAAAACGAACCGGCGGUUCGAUGCUUCAGAAGAGCGUUAAGCCAUUUCGUUGCCGAUUCUGCGGUUUUUUGACCCGAGCCUGGAACGUGCUGAGAAUACAUAUCAAUAGGCAACACCACAACGACCUUCUUGAGUCGGUAGCAAAGCAGCCGUUUGAUAGCGCCUCCAGCGAAGAGAAACCUGCUUCUGCCGACAUACCUUCUGCCGCCGCUGAACAGACGACACCUGCUUCACCUGGCACUUCUUCGCCGAAGACAGGAAUACCUGACGGAUUCCCCCCUGGUCUGCCGCCACCGCCCCCCAAUAGCCCUCACCUCCCGAUGACUUUUGCCAUGCCUCAAAACCCUCCUACUGCUGGUUCCUUCAUCAUGCAACCGUUUCUGCUCGCUCAGCCGGAGUGUGACGGAGUCACCCGAAAUGGUACGUUUGUACCAUCGCUAGUCUACCUCCCUGUGUGCCAGAAAGUGUCCCAACCUAUGACUGUAGCUUUUACACUAACUCCGGCAUGAAGGCCGGGAGGAGAGAAAGAAAAAUGAUAAAUGUUAUGGUCGCGCCUCAUCGUGGCUUAGCUUCGUUGUAAAAUAUUUCCUGUGAGCCCGAAGUUCAGGUCCCGAUGAGUAUCGCGAACCACCCUGAAGCGAAAAAUCAAAAUGUAAUUGAAAAGCAUAAGCUGCUGUAGUAAUAUUUAUGUUUUUAUUCGUUGUUGCUUUAAUAACCUAUUAUAUAGAUUUUAAAAUGAUUAAUCAAACUUCAACACGGGAAAAAAAUCAAAAUGGUUGACAGUUUUUUGAACUAUUUGUUCUGCUAUGUGUAUAAGUGUAUUGUAAGUCAUAUCAGAAAGGUUGAACUCCGGUACUGUAGCAUGCAGUUUUAUUUACUAAAAAAAUUUAGAUUAGUGAGCCUAAAGGGAAGAACGUCCCUUAAGGUCAUUAAUCAUGGAAGGCCUAAUCUGGUUGCUUGAAAAUACAAGGGACUUGCUCAAGUAUACUAUCCUCUGCUUGCAGUUUGCUGAGUGUCCGCUGGCUGUAUUCGUCACUUGAGACUGCGGGUGAUCUUGUUUGUAUGUGACCUAGAACUCUUCAGUGACUGUCCUCCUUCUUACUCAGGGUCUUUUUAAAAUAAUAUUGAUAAAAAAAGAGAGAGAGAACAAAAGUACACUGUUGCCAUGAAGAAAAAUAGAAGAUCGCCCAGGUAUUCAGACGACGAGGAACUGGUGAGCAAUUACGUCAUCGAUGUGUGCCUGUGAAACCAAGCAAGAUGGAUGAUUGCAAUACGAGGUAAAAUAAAAAAAAAAAUAAAAAAAUGCGCAAAAAAAAAUGUAGAGGCCCGAAGUCCCCUCACUGGUAAGGUAAUUUUUGUUGCAACAAGUGGGCCUUCUCCUCUUAAAAGAGGGCAAAUAAAUGUUUAUUCCGAGCCUGGAUUUUUUCAGGUUAGAUGAAGUAAAAAUGACUUUUUCAAUUUGUUUUUCUGUCCGAAUGCAAUGUUCGGAAAACUUGUCCCACUAAUCAAUCAAAAUCACGAGAAGCUUUUUGAAACCUUCUCAAAUCCAUUCAGGGAGUAAGAUUGUAGACAAUAAUAAUGUAUGCUUCGACUCUAUUUAUUAUUAAGAUGAAAGAUAUUAUCUUGUAUUAUUCUUAGCUUAGAUGUCAAGAUGUAUGUAGAUGUGUGGUUAUUUAUUUCUGAGGUAUUUGUCUGCAGGUUUUUCGAACCCGCUCCGAAAAGAAAAAAAAAAACUUUCUGUUCUGUUUUAUUUUAUUUCUGACUUUGAUGAAAAAAGAAGAGGAAGAAAUAUUUCUCCCUUCUCUAGAUAGCGUGAAACAUGCACAGGACAGCUGUGUAGCAUCAGUGCAAUAUUGAAACUAGUCUGAUUUUCUUUUAUUUUCUCCUUUUAAAAUUCAUAAUUGCCAUUAUCUGUUUCAGUAGCAUGGAAUUUAUUUUUACUGUUGAAGCAAUUAAUUGUGCUUAUGAAAGAUUUUAUCGAACAUAAUUAAUAUUGCAAUUCAAGUAACUUAAUUAGUAUUCAUUAACUCUGAGUUAUUUUUAAAUGAGAAAUUCAAAUUAGUUUGAAGAAAUAUUAAUGUUCAUAAUUCAGAUGCUUAAUGAGAGGGACUUUUUGUUUAUUUUCAUUAUUAAUUCCGAUCUAUUUUUAAAUUACAAGUUUAAAUUAAUAUGAUAAAGGAAUUAUUUUUGAAUUAACGAAAGUUUCCCAAAUUCUUAUAAUAGAUUUUUUGAAUAAAAUUAUGUUGUUACAAAAUCAACCUCCGUUUGAUGAUUUCAUUAAAAAAAAAAUUUUUUUUGUUGCCGUAAUUAACCUUUAUUGAAUAGUAAUAUAAUGUAGACUUAAUGUUUAAUGAACAUGUUAUAUAACUGCGCAGUCUGAAGUUGCUUUGCAUUUAAAAUGUAUAUGUGAGCAUGUUUCACGCUGUUUUCCCUUUAUUUCUUUUGUUGAUAUACAUUAAUCUCGUUGUCUGAUGGCCAUUAAACUGCUUUUAUAGUGUCCACUCAGGAGUCUGUGGGACCACCAGAUUACAUUAAAGUUGAUCAUAUUAUGAAAAUCAGGGAAAAAAAAAAGAAUUGUAAGUUAAUCUUGUUUUUAAAACUUUCUGAGUGGGAAAUAAAAAGCAUAUCUUCGAUGCUUUAGAAUAAAAUCAAAAUAUGAGGAUCUUGUCUCCUCUUGCACAGUAUUUGAACGGGUAAAUUAGUAUUGUACACUGUUGAAACGUAAAUAAUGAAAUGAAUAUCUCUUUGAAGUGAAUAGUUAUAGUGUCGCUUUUUCAUUGUUUUAAGGAAUGUUGCCUCUAUUGUACAUAUAUGACUUAGAUGUUUACUUGUGGCCGCACUUGCUGUUGUUUGCUAUCUUUAUUUUUUUUCCGAGUGAUGUGAUUUUUUUGUUUAAAGAAAACACAGAUCUGAUUCGUCCUUCAUGUAAAAUUCUUUGCCUUAGCCCUCCUAGUCGUUAUCACCCACCUUCUUCCUUAUCAUUCUUACACUUGUACAUUCGCCAUUCUGCAGAGCACUGCUAGUAAAAAAAGCAAUACAGGUAUUUUGUUUUCAGCAUGCGUUAUAUAUAGCCUCUAGAAUGUUUUAAUUAAUUUGUGCCAUUUCAGUGUUCCGUCGCUUUAUGUGUUUUGAGUACAAACUGCAUAUGCUCUCAUUUUUAUAAAACUCUUAAGUUUUUCUUACCAUUAUUGUUUUUCUUUUCUGUCUUAUAUAGACAAGAAGUUAUUUGUGCAACAAAAUCAAGUUGUUAUAAUUUAGUAUUUUUAUAAAUGUCUUCCGUAAUCUGCAUCAUCUUUAGAAUACUUAAUUUAAUGGCUUUUAGAUCUCAAUAAAUAUUAGUUUGUUUAAAUGAACAUUAAUUUCUGAAAACACGUUUAAUUAUUUUUUUCACGUUAUCAUUCCAGUUAACUGGUAUAAAAUCUUAAACUCUGUUUUUUGGAUUUUUGUAAUCAGGACUCUUAAAAAACUGGUUUUAAAGUGCAAUUAGUGUGUGGAACUGUUAAAAGAAAUUUCAAUGUUAAUUCACGUUUAACUGCACUUAUUUAUUCAUUGUUAUCAUGACUGAAAUUUUUAACAGGAAAUCAAAUUCCGGUGUCGAAAAUCAAAAUAAUUUAAAAUCAAAACGAAUGCUACUAUGCUAUUUUAAAAGUGUUGAAUCACUGUGUUAUUUUAAAACGGAUUUAAUCAUCUUGGAUGUUAUUUUAACCAUGACUUUUAAUCAAGAUGUUAUUUAUGCUUUGCAAAACCUUACAUAAGUGUAUUAUGCCAAAUUUAAAAUUAUUUUCGCAUUUUUUUCUUCUUAUCGUGUAACUAUUUUUAAAUUUGCAGUUUUGUAUAAUAUUGUAUUUUUGAAUUAAUACAUUCAAGGAAUCCGGUUUUUGCUGCACACUUAACUAAUUAGUAGAUGUAAUAAUGAAAACUUCUGCCUUUCAUUUUUUAUUUAUUACUUUCAUUGUUUAUGAAUUUAAAUCUUUAAUGCAUUUACAUUGUGCUUGCAUAGAAAUGAAAUCAAAAUCAAGCAUGUUAAUUUGUAAGCUAUAUUUUAUUUGAUUGCAAUAUAUUCUUGUAUUUAUGUUACUUUGUUAAUGAAUUCAUGUUCUCCCGUGUUGCAUGUCUUGGCAUAUGUGGACUUUUUUUAAUUCUGCUUUUAGAGUUAGUAUAAUUUUUCAUGUACAAAUAUAAAGUUAUUUUAAUAAUAUAUUUUCUAGUCUAAAUACUACCAAAGUUGUGAAAUAAUAAAACUUUUUUUGGUAAUU